AUGCCAGCGCCUAUCGUUCUUCCACCUCAUCCAUUCAGGGGUCGAGUGAAGCACAGCUCUGACGAAUUAGAGGUAGACACCUCCCGAGCGGCGUCGUCUCUCGAAAGCGGCAUGUUGCAGUAUGUUGCUACCUCGUUUCUCUCCAUGGCAUCCCAAUACCUCACGGAUGUCUCUGCCACAACCAUAGAUAGUGCGACCGGCAAAGUCUACAUGUUACGCCGGACACAGCCAUCGCUUGUCAUCUUAAAUGAUGAUGGAUCACUGUAUCGCACACGUUCCGACACCAACAUCGUGAGGGGCCACUCGAUCAAAGCCUUUCACGGCACCAACGACUCUUCAUCCUUAUGGGUCGUUGACCUUGACGCUGCCUGCAUUCGUGUCUUUGAUGCAGAAGGCAAUAGUUUGACUAUCAUUGGGCCAGAGAUUGGGGGCUCGAAUAAUAUCGAGUCCAAGGACGAUUCAAUUGGCAUACCUGGCUCUCAUGGUCCAGUGACUUUCGGUAAAAUCACCGACGUCGCUUUCGAUACCACCCUUGGACAAGUUUACGUGACAGAUGGUGAUUUAGGCGGCCCUAACAAUCGUGUUAUUGUUCUAAAUCGGAGCAUGCAGUGCGUUGCCGUCUGGGGAUCGCCUUCGGAGCAAACUGGAACCCUGAAGGUCGAAUUUGAUCUUCCGCAUGCUGUGCUUGUCGAUGCAGUGUCGCGUGUGUGGGUACUGAAUAGCUCAGAUUCUCGCGUUGUAGUUCUUGACUCGCAGGGAAACUACCUCGCAGAAAUAAACGUUUCAGAUCAGAAGCCCUAUGGAAUUGCACUUUCCACGGCUCGCACAAGGGAUCCAACAUCGGCAACUAUCUACAUCACGGGACAGUCCAACUCUGAUCCCGCGCAAGGCGUUUUGUCCCUCUACCAGAUUGCCAUGGAUGGUUCGAAUCCUUCCAACAUCAUCCGUGACCCGGUUAUUAACCCACACAAUCAACCUUUGACUACUUGGAGCUUUCCAGUAGGAACAUUGCAUAGUGUGACAGUAGGAAGUGCUGCUAAUGUCGAUCUGUUGCUCUUGAGCACAUUUCCGACUGGGACAGCCUCAUCCACUAUCGCCUACAAGUUGGCUGCACCCAGACCACAGCUCAAGACACAGUCUUCGUAUAAGAGCCCAGCAUGGCCUUCCAAAUUUGUGGCAACGACUCUCAUGCAUCCUUUCCAAAUCGGCUACCCGAUCUGGGUGGCAGAAGUGGCUUACGAUGAGGCCUUACGAAGUAUGGUAUUCGACAUUACGGACCUGACCGGUAACAACAUGAUGCUGGUUUUCAAAUCCACAGACACUGGAAACAGGUAUUGGAUGAGGACUCAGGGCAUCGUUUAUGGACCAUACUCGACGGACUUGAUUGUUCCAAAGGCAGAUUGGCUCGUUUCUUCCACAAGCUGUGCGGGCACUCUGCCCAUCCUCGGAGUUGACUGCAAUUGGUGGUCAGAGAUGACUUCACCGAACGCAACUAACUGGCACUGGUUCCGAUCUGACAGUAACGUUCCCUGGCGUACUAUGAACUCGACUGAAGACAAUGGCGACAAAGUUCCCAUACUCGGCCAAUUUGCGUUCAUCUACUGGCCGCACUUCCGGGCAGUAGCCACGAAUGAUGUCGGCGUGACAGUCUCCAACUUUGAGCAACAGGACGUGGAGCAACAAGAUCCUCAAGUUCUAGGAAUCAUGGCCUCUGACGAUGAUAUACUUUCUAAAACAGUUUCUAUUCUCUCGAAAGCUGGCGUCAGCAGCGAAGACCUCAAGGAUGUGUCUACCUUGAUUCCUGGACUUUCUCCCGGAGACGGUGGGCUUCCGCUACCAGUCUGGCCUGAACAAUUCUUUAUGACCUGUACGAUGACACCUGUCAACGCGUCAACGCCGUUGAGUACCGAAAUGACAUACGACUGGCCAGCUAAGUCUCAACGAACUCGUAUGUUCAAUCCUAUCGAGGCUGGACAGCCUCAGAAUGUCACAGACGCAGACCUGAUAGACUCGACCACCUGGAUCUUUUCGAGAAAUGCUGACGGGACAUUCAAAUGUGGCACGAAACUUCCUUUCGGACCCACUAGUCCAACAUGGGCGACCGCCGGUAGUGGCAAGAUCAUGUAUACGAUCAGAGACAAUCCCCAAUUGAGUCCAGACACUGUCACGCGCUGCUUCUGCGCACCCAUACACGAGCCUGGUCAGUUCUGGAUAUGGUACAAGACCGGUGAUGUUCCGGUUGUUUUCUGCCAAACCCGUCCACCUGCUGCUGAAGGUACCAACCUGGCGCUAGCAGAUUACAGCGCAUUCCAGGUCACCGACCUGGUUGAUCCCCACACAUUCGACGUUCCGCCCCCCUGUGCACAAGCUCACGGAAAGCUAUUGUAG